GGGAGAGCAGAGGACACGGCCAGCACAGGACUAACGGCACAAAGAACCCCUGCCUCACUCGUCAUCCUCUCAGACAGGUUGGAAACCUCGGCAUACUCAACAGCUUGUAAGCUACUGACUCGUCUCCGUCUGUCAGAAGUGUUCAUCUUUUCCUUCUUCAUUCUGCAUCAUGUUGCACCCGGUUGCUAUCUGCUGUUUCCUUUCCACCUCACUCUGCGUGUUGGUGCUGUGCAGUGCCCAGUCAGACUCUGGCAACAGUGUGAUCCAGCUACGUUUAGCUGGGGAGAAGAAGAAGCACUACGAGGGCCGGGUAGAAGUUUUUUACAAUGGAGAGUGGGGAACAGUGUGCGAUGAUGACUUCUCCAUCUCUGCUGCCCAAGUGGUGUGCAGAGAGCUGGGCUUCACGGGCGCCGAGUCCUGGUCGCCCUCAGCCAAGUAUGGAAAAGGGGAAGGCCGUAUCUGGCUAGACAAUGUGCACUGCACAGGUGGAGAAAAGAGCCUGGCUCAGUGUGAGUCCAACGGCUUUGGAGUAUCUGACUGCAGACAUUCAGAAGAUGUCGGUGUGGUGUGCAGUUCGAAGCGCAUUCCAGGAUUCAAGUUAAUCCGGAACCAUGCCAACAGCCAGGAGGGCUUGACAGUACAGGUGGAGGAUGUGAGGAUCAGAGCCACAUAUUCUCACAGAAAAAGGAUUCCCAUUACUGAGGGUUUUCUGGAGGUCAAAGAUGGAGGCAAGUGGAGACAGAUCUGCAGUGAGAAUUGGACCAAGAUGGAUAGCAGGGUCAUCUGUGGCAUGUAUGGCUUCCCUGGGGAGAAACGCUUCAAUACCCAACCCUACAAAUUGCUGGCCAAGCGUCGAAAGAAGAACUACUGGGGCUUCUCUGUUAACUGCACAGGCAGCGAGGCAGACCUUUCUGAUUGUAAACUGGGCCGAGAGAUAGAGCAGAAGGGCAACAGCACCUGUGGGCAGGGCAUGCCUGUAGUGGUUAGUUGUGUGCCUGGGCGGGCCUUUGCUCCUAGUGUCAGCGCCGGGUUCAGAAAGGCCUACAGGGUGGAGCAACCCUUGGUACGUCUAAGAGGUGGCGCUAUGAUAGGAGAAGGGCGAGUGGAGGUGCUAAAGAAUGGCGAGUGGGGAACAGUGUGUGAUGAUAACUGGAACAUUCGCACUGCCACCGUGGUGUGUCGAGAGCUGGGGUUCGGCAGCGCCAAAGAGGCCCUGACUGAUGCACGAAUGGGACAAGGUAUCGGACCGGUCCACAUGAACGAGGUGGAGUGCUCUGGGUUUGAAAAGUCUCUGACUGAGUGCUACUUUAACCCCAACUCUUUGGGCUGCAGCCACGAGGAAGAUGCAGCAGUCAAAUGUAAUGUUCCUGCCAUGGGCUUCCACAAUAGACUUCGGUUAAAUGGUGGUCGUAACCCCUACGAGGGCCGUGUGGAGGUCCUGGCAGAGAGAAAUGGCUCUUUGGUGUGGGGCACGGUGUGCAGUGACAGCUGGGGGACUAUGGAGGCCAUGGUAGUGUGCAGACAGCUAGGCUUGGGCUUUGCCAGCCAUGCUUUUCAGGAAACAUGGUACUGGAAAGGAGACUCAUCAGCUGAUGCUGUGGUGAUGAGUGGCGUGAGGUGUUCAGGAACAGAGCUGACUCUGGAGCAGUGCCUACAUCACGGGAAACAUAUUGUCUGUCCCAAAGGAGGCGGACGCUUUGCUGCUGGGGUCUCUUGUACACAGACGGCCCCUGACCUGGUGCUGAAUGCUCAGGUUGUGGAGCAGACCACAUACCUGGAGGACAGGCCCAUGUAUGCUCUGCAGUGUGCCCAUGAGGAGCGUUGUCUGUCCCGCAGCGCAGACAAAGCUGACUCUAGCUCCUACCGCCGCCUUCUUCGCUUCUCCUCCCAGAUCCACAACAAUGGCCAGUCAGACUUCAGACCUCGGGCGUCACCUCAGUCCUGGAUCUGGCACGACUGUCACAGGCAUUACCACAGUAUGGAAGUUUUCACCUACUAUGACUUGAUGAGUCUGAACGGCACUAAAGUGGCAGAGGGCCACAAGGCCAGUUUCUGUCUUGAAGACACCUAUUGUGACGAGGGUAUUCAGAAGAAGUACGAGUGUGCAAAUUUUGGCGCACAGGGAAUCACUGUUGGCUGCUGGGAUACCUACAGGCACGAUAUUGACUGUCAGUGGAUCGACAUCACAGACGUGAAGCCCGGCGACUACAUCUUGCAGGUUGUGAUUAACCCAAACUAUGAGGUUGCAGAAUCAGAUUACACCAAUAACAUUAUGAAGUGCCGCUCCCGGUACGACGGGCAUCGGAUAUGGACGUACAACUGCCAUAUAGGUGGCACACUGAGUUCAGAAACAGAGGAAACAUUUCCUGGAUUGCUGACCAACCAGCUUUCUCACAGGUAGACCUGAGAAGGCCAACGCAGACUAAUAUUUGACCACUAGAGGCAGCUGGGAGGGUGUGCUUUCUUGGAGCAGUGUCGGAUUGUUGGUGAGCUCUGGGCUCAUCUGGUACGGUACACAGUGACUCAAUGGGAACAUGAAACGCUUGCUUACUUAAACCAUUAAUCACAUUCAGAUGUUCAAAAAGUGCUAGUACAGUGUAGAUUUGAUCUGAUGUUUAUUUACCAGGAGAGAUGCCAUGAGGACUGUAGCCAGGUAACUCAUUAAACUAGCUGUGCCAGUGAGUGCCGUCUGUGUCAAAGUUUCCAGUGUUUGGGGGAAUAUUUAAAACCAUAAAUCACAACGUGAGACCACAACUCUUGGACUGAGCUUUGUUUCGAUGGAUGAAAAUAGUGUUCUACUUAAUCUGGUGCUACAACUUGUGCUGUUGCCUCACAGCUGAACUGAGAGACAUUUGCCUCAACAGUAGAGGAUGGUUAAAGGAAUUACUGACUCAAAACUGUAAACAGUAAUAAUUAUAAAGCAUUACAUGACUAUGAUCUGCUCUCAGAGCGAUAGUUAACUUUCAAAAUAUUACUGUAAUCACACCUGCAUUGUAACAAACUGAAAAUAGGAUUUCUAUUUCUAUUAGAGCCUCUAAGCACUUAAUGUACAAACAUUUUGCAAAGAGCUUACUUCUCCCAAGAUUUUGCAUUUCACAUACUUUUUUUUUUUUUGUUAUGUUGUGACAAUAUUUUUAAUUUAUUGAAACUAUACACACAUUUUCAUCCUCUUGAUCUGCGCAUCCCCAAGGCUUCUUUGACAGUGUCUGAGUUUUGUUAAAUUAUUACCAUCAGGGACUCUGAUUACAUUGUGUAAGUGCUGUAACAACCACACAUACAUGUGAAAAUGCUUUUUCGUGGUUUUGUAAAUUAUCUUUUUUUUUUCUCUCUAAUGUAGCAAUUCAAGUGUGCUUCAUUUUUAUGAGAAUACUUGUUUGUUGCUGUCUGCUUUUAUUUUGUAUGCAUGGAUGAAUGUGGGAAAGCAUUAUGUUUUAAAUAAAAUGAAAUGUUUUAC